AUGUCUGCCGCCCCGCCUAAGCUUCCUAUCCACGACCUGCCCACUCCGGAGCCAGAAUCACCCUUCAGACCGCGAAAGCCCUACCGAUUCUCGACUCUCUGUGCGACGGUCGAGAACCCCAGCAACAAAGACCAAUAUGGGAGCAGCUCGGUACCCAUAUACCAGACCGCGACAUUCAAGGGCGUUGGCGGCGAAUAUGACUACUCGAGGAGUGGGAAUCCUACACGAAGCCAUCUAGAGCACCACAUCGCCAAAAUUUCUUCGGCUGCCCAUGCCUUUGCUGUUUCUUCUGGAAUGGCGGCCCUAGAUGUCAUACUGCGCCUGCUUAAGCCGGGUGACGAAAUCAUUGCCGGCGACGACCUCUAUGGCGGUACCAAUCGUUUGCUGACCUACAUCCGGACUCAUGUCGGCGUAACCGUGCAUCACGUCGACACCACGAACCCAUCCACUCUCCUGCCCCUUCUAAAUCCUACCAAAACGGCUAUGGUCCUUCUAGAAUCACCAACUAAUCCUCUGCUAAAGAUUGCUGACUUGGCCAAGAUCAGCAAAGACGUCAAGGAGAGAGCCCCCGACGCUAUAGUAGUUGUCGAUAACACCAUGAUGAGCCCAUACUUGCAACGGCCACUUGAACACGGAGCAGAUGUGGUGUACGACAGUGCAACCAAAUAUCUUAGUGGUCACCAUGAUCUCAUGGCUGGCGCGAUUACUUGUAAUAGAGACGAUAUUGCCAAGGCGCGCCAAAUCGCAUUCACCAUCAACGCUGUUGGCAAUGCACUCACCCCAAUCGAUUCUUUCCUUCUACUCCGUGGAAUCAAGACUCUAGCUGUUCGCAUGGACCGUCAACAAUCAUCCGCGUCUCAAGUCGCGACGUAUCUCCAUUCCUUAGGUUUCGUAGUGCACUAUCCUGGACUACCCGACCAUCCCGGUCGUGAGAUUCACCAAAGAAUUGCCGACGGAAAUGGCGCAGUUUUGAGCUUCGAAACGGGCGACAAGGGUUUAAGCGAGAAAAUCGUUGGUAGUACGCGACUCUGGGGAAUUAGCGUCAGUUUCGGAUGCGUCAACAGCUUAAUCAGUAUGCCUUGUGUCAUGUCGUAUGUUCUCGUCGGUGUUUUUUCGCACUGUCUCUCCCAUCUGACGCCAGAUUUGUCCAGCCACGCAUCUAUAGACCCGGCAACUCGCGCAGCCCGCGGACUUCCCGAAAACCUAAUUCGUUUAUGUGUUGGCAUUGAAGACCCAUCGGAUCUCUUAGACGAUCUGGAGCAUGCCCUCAUCGAUGCUGGCGCCAUACAACUGGAUGUCUCCCAAAACAAGUACGUCAAAGUCCGACAGGUAGAAGAUGAUGCUAUCAGCCGGGCCGUUGGAAAGCUUGGCCUAAAGGACACCGACGAUGAUCACGAAUGGUUUGUCAGUGCACCUGGCAAAGUCAUCCUAUUCGGUGAACAUGCCGUUGUUCACGGAGUGACCGCCAUCGCCGCGUCCGUAGAUCUCCGUUGUUAUGGUCUCACCACGCCCCGUUUUGAUGGAAAGAUUUCCGUACAUUUUACCGACAUUGACAACUUUUACUACGAAUGGACAAUCGACGACCUCCCAUGGCAUGUUGUUAAACCCAUUGCGAUAGAUGAGGAGCAUCCCGAGAUUUUAGAUCAAGUUUUAGUCGACGCACUAAAUUCCGGCCCUUUAAAAGAUCUCACCGAGGCCCAGAAGCACGCCAGAGUCGCAAGCAUUGCGUUCCUGUACAUGUACCUUGUGUUAACGAGAGGUGACGUGAGGCCAUCGUUCAAUUUCACUGCACGCUCCACUCUGCCCAUUGGGGCAGGACUAGGCUCAUCGGCGUCAUUCUCUGCAUGUGCGGCCUCUGCGCUUUUACUCCUUCACAAACGGAUCAGUAUCCCUCCACUUCCGGCUCCGACCACCUCAGAGCACAUUCAUAUCUCACAUCAAGGUCGACGGGCAAUUCCUUCAUCUGUAGCUGAAGAGAUCAACCGAUGGGCGUUCGUGGCAGAAAAAAUUCUACAUGGCAACCCAAGUGGAGUGGAUAACAGCGUUGCUGUUUUCGGAGGUGCUCUAGCCUAUACCAGACCAGGAUUUGAAAGGAAAAGUGGCAUGGAAGGCAUCGCAGGAUUUAAAUCUUUUAAAUUCCUGUUGACGAAUUCAAAAGUGCCGAGGGACACCAAGAAGCUGGUAGCUGGCGUUGGCCAAAAGAAGAUUGAUGAACCUGAGGUGGUUGCAGGGCUCUUGAAAUCCAUUCAAAGUAUCAGUGACGAAGCUCGGCGCGCACUUGCUGACCCUGAGAUGCCUCGCGAGGUUCUUCUGGCUGCGAUCUCGGCUCUGAUACGUGAGAACCAUAAGCACCUAGUUUCCCUCGGCGUGUCGCACCCUGCUUUGGAGUUGAUCAGAUCAACAACAGGUGCCGCACCCUAUGGCUUGAGCACGAAACUGACAGGCGCUGGUGGAGGCGGUUGUGCCGUUACUAUUAUCCCUGAUGACUUUAAGGAAGAGGCGCUCAAGGCCUUGCUUGAUGAGAUUGUCUCACAGCAGUUUGACCCGUACCUUACGUCCGUUGGUGGCAGCGGCUUGGGGAUCCUGUCACCUUACCGGACAGCAGGAAGUGCAGCUUACCUUCCCCCAGGGCAGGUAACGCCGCCUGAGACACCAUCUCCGGGAGGUGGCGGCGUGAAUUUGUGCCCAAUAUUCCAGACGAAGCGAGUACUGGAGUUAUCACAAUGGGCAGACAGCCUGGGUAGAUGGUUGUAUGUGUAG